UUCAUGGUCAACAGAUUGCGGCAGGAGAUAAGAGUUCAGUUCUCACCAUUGGAUUUCACUAUGAGAUCGUAUUUGUGGAGCUUCUGUAUGUUUUUGGAGAAGAAAGUCAAUGGUUGCCACUUAUUGGAUUCCUCAUCUUCUGCUCACUCUGUUUCUCUUCCUCACUUCCUCUCCUGCAAUCCGUGGUAAAUAUGACCAAGUUUACAGGGACGAACUCUUGAGCUCUGCCCAACAAGACAAAGAUUGGUUAGUCUCAAUAAGGAGGAAAAUUCAUGAGAACCCAGAACUAGGUUUCCAAGAACACAACACCAGCGCUCUCAUCCGCCGAGAACUCGACAAACUUGGCAUCCCUUACACAUACCCAUUUGCAAAAACUGGCGUUGUUGCCCAAAUCGGUUCUGGUUCUCACCCCGUCGUAGCUCUCCGGGCCGACAUCGACGCUCUCCCCAUGCAAGAACUUGUUAAGUGGGAGCACAAGAGCAAAAUCGAUGGCAGAAUGCAUGCAUGUGGGCAUGAUGUUCAUACUACAAUGCUACUUGGUGCUGCGAAGUUGCUUAAUCAACGCAAGGAUAGGCUUAAGAAGAGGAGAAGUAAUGCAACAUGGACUUCCAAUUAUAUGUCAAAUAAAGAGGAAACAAUUACUAAUGUCCAAAAGGGAAACUGGAUUUUUAAUGAUUCUUCCUUGGAUCACAUGUAGUAUGGUUAUUCUUGGAUAGGUUCUGCAAUUUCCAGUAAUAAUAAGGCCAGUCCUUAUUAUUGUUAGUAAUGUACAUCUUUGCAAAAGUGUUUGGGAGUGAGAAAAGUGUUGAAUUUGAUAUUUGACAAAGAUGGAGAGUGGUAGAAUAAUUUAGGGAUACGAAUUCUUCAUUUCUUCUUCAAAAUUGCAGGAAAUAAAACACGGUUAUUAUUAGCACUUGCAUAAACACUGUCUAUACUUUAUAGUGUUAAAAGAACUAGAGAUGAACAAUGUUUUAUGUAUAUAUAUAUAUAUAUAUAUAUAUGAUGAACAUUGUUUGGUAUAAAUGUUUGAUUCUAUUAAUUUUAGAUCUAGAUAAUGUUGUUCAAGGAAUUGAUAUUAUGAUUGGCAUAGAUAACUGAUCAUUUUGAAGUUAUAGAAAAAGUCCGUCUUCAUGUCCACAAGAUUGUGUUCCCCUUAAGCUGUGCUUUCCAAAAUUAUUUGCAUUGUAGAGCUUUUUCUAUAAAGAUGCAAUUUAAGUAUAUUGAGUUAGACAACACAAGAAAAAGAAAGGGGGCCUAAAUUGCUAAUCUGAAACUACUCUUGGGCAGUCAACCAUGACCUU